AACUUCCUGUUUCCGCCCAGUCGUCUGAAGCAGGGGAGUUUGUUUACGUUGCUCAGCUGCUGGUGGUAGACAGACACCGGCACCGCAUGCCGUCGCGAGCGACCCUCCGCCGCCGCCGCCGCCGCACCGUGGCGCCAUGCUGCUGUUCCAGUUCCCAGAGGAAGUCCUCCACUGCAUCUUCUGUCACCUGGACUACAAAUCCCUCGGUCGCCUCUGUCAAGUUUGUAAAGCAUUCAACGAGUUUGUGAACAGGGACGCAGUGUGGAAGAAGAUAGCCAGAGGUCUGCUAAAUACCGGGAUUACUUGGAACGGCACGGAUAUAUAUCCUCACAUCCCUCUCAAGGAAAGAGUCAAGACAGCUCAAAACUGGGGAAACGGAGCCUGCAAAAGGUUCAUUCCUCUCAAAUGGAAAACCAAAUUGUUGCCAUGGUUGCAGCUGGAUGGAGAUGUACUCUUUCUAUCUCAGGCCACCAAUAUUGGGCUGUAUCGCCUUCACCGCGACUCCAGAAGGCUUCAGCAAACUGCAUUUAAAAUUUACUCUGGACAUAAGGGGGAUGUCUGCUGCUUUGCCCUCACCGACUCCCAUCUGAUCAGCGGAGGAAGUGAUGGCACCAUCCUCGUCCACAGCAGAAGAAGUGACUUGUCAACGUUCCUGCUUGGUCACAGCCAAGAAGUGAAUUGCCUGGACAUCAAGGAUGGACUGACUGUCAGUGGAUCAAGAGACCGCACAGUCCGGAUAUGGACCUCGAAUUCAAGCUUCCCAAGAUCAACGAUUUGUAUGGCUGACCGGGUGUGGUCUGUUGCUGUUAGUCCAACAGUAAGUUCCUUUGUGACGGGGACUGCGUGCUGUGAGAACUUCUCUCCACUUCAAAUCUGGGACUUUGAGCGAUCCACCUGUGUUUGCAGACUGGGCUCAGGUUUUCGCCGUGGUGCCGGCAUUUUGGACAUAGUGUUUGAGUCUCCGUUCCAGCUUCUUACCUGUGGCUAUGAUACCUUUAUAAGAUUAUGGGACCUCCGACUCAGCACACAGAAACCUGUGAGAGAGUGGGAGGAGCCUCAUGAUAGCGCUCUGUACUGCAUCCAAACAGAUGGAAAUCACAUGAUAGCCAGUGGCUCUUCUUAUUAUGGAGUCGUACGUCUUUGGGACAAACGGCAGAAGGCCUGUUUGCAGUUCUACCAACUCAGCUCCAGGCCAGUGAGCAGCCCGGUGUACUGCCUGAGGUUCAGCAGCUCUCACCUGUAUGCAGCCUUGGCCACUUCCCUGCACUCACUGGACUUCAGACACAGCCACAUCCAUGCAAAAUGAUGCACAUUUUAAAUGUACAAAUGACAGAAAUGUCAUUUUACAAGAAAGCGUCAUUGAAUUGAUUAGAAUAAAUCUAAGGUGGCCAGUAAAUUUACGGCGUUAAACAUUUUACUUUUAAUUUCCAAUUCAAAACACAAACAAAAUAUUGCCGUCAAGUAACUGAAUUUUUGGUAAUUUUCAGCAUCAGCAGUCUGUUUUUUUUGAAUGGCUCCCAAAACUACAGCAGGAAAACUUGUACACAGAUCAGCCAGUCAGGUUCAGGUUCAGGUCCUACCCACUGUAGGUUUUGACCAAAGCAAGUGAGAAAGUGGACAGUUUUUCUCUGCUACUCACUUGAUUAGAGCUUUACAACCUGAUGUAUUUAUAGAACAAAAUUUUAGAGUGUGCCAAUAGAAAAAAAACAAACCUUAAUAGAAUAAAAACUAUAUUAAGCUACCAACCUGGAUUACUUCUGUUGCAUCACUUUAUUUGAGAUCAAACGUAAAAAAGAACACUAUCUUUAUCUGACAGCAGCAUCCAGAACCACUCAUUCCUGAGAAAAGGAAUGGCACACUCAUUUACACAAUUGUAAAACUCACUGAGACUUAAUUGUAGUGAAAUCAACAAAGGCCAAUAAAAAUGUGUGUCAGGACAAAUUGGGAUUUUAUUGCAAAUUGGUCUUUGCUUGUGUCAAAAACACAUGACCUGUUUGCUUCUCAUUUCCCAUUGCAGAUAUUUGUUUUCACCACAGAAGCAACUCUGAGUAAACUCUAGAAAUAACUUUAGGAAAUUCUUACUUAACACAUGAUAGAAAGCAAAAUGGAUCAUAUAUAUAUGCACAGUUUGGUUCUAUGCUUGGACCCGCUGUAUUUACAGUAGGAUUACCAGCUAUUUACACAUAUUGUUUCAAAAUCCUAAAGCUGGACUGGCUGACUACUGAAACCUCACUGUCAGCUGUCAUAACCUCAGUACACAAUGUGAAGCUGCACUGAAGCCAAAGAGAAUUUGGUCUUUUUAGAAAAACUGUGUGAUUGUUGAUUUGUGUUUGGAGUCUGAUAUUUUGUGAAAAUUUGCAGUUUAUCACUUUUUUUGGAACUUAAAAACUUUAAAGAGAUUUGGACUGAUUAUUCAUAUGAUUAUUCAUAUGAAUUAUUCAUUAUUCAUAUGAUUAAUCAUAUGAAUAAUGGUUAUUCAUAUGAUCUGACUGUAAGUCAAUCAGGGACGCUUUGCUCCUUUUAGACGUUCUAACAGUAAAAAGUCAAUUUUC